CCGACCCAACCUCGACCCUCCUUUCGCUCUCGCGGCUGAUGAGCCUCUAACCGGUGAAUCGCCUGCUCGCGACUUGUCCCUAGGCGAUCCCCUUCGCCAUGUCGUUCCUUUUCAAGUCGAAGAAGCAGCAAGCCUCGGCCCUCCCUGCAGCUACUCGAGACACCACGACCUCUCCCCAAGCACAGCCACCGGCCCCGUCGUCCGCUAUACCAACCGCCAAUGCUCCCCGCACCGCUCACCACAGCCAGGGAAGUGGCAGCGUCGCCACUCACCAUAGUCAGGGAAGCACUAGCGCCGCCGCCGCCCAUACGCCCACGCCCGUCAGCAGCGUGAACAAUUCCGUGGGCUCCUUGCCGCCCGCUGCUGCCACUGCCAGUCCCAAACAAGAGGUCCACCGCGACAGAGCGAAUUCUGAGAGCCAGGCAAGUUGUCUUUAGGCCUCUCACUUUCCCAGGGCGAACAUCGCGAACUGACCAAUUCGCGAGGUAGAAUAAUGUACGGCCGGCACCAGCACCCGCUCCACGCGGCGCUCCGCCCGCUGCUCCGCCCGCUG